AGAGAGUUGGGGAGGGAGGUACAGAAGGAAAAGGAGUGGCCUUCUGCUGAUAGUCGCCCUCUCUACCGGAGUAAAGUCUUCUCUCAGUGGCAGCUUUACAGGAGGGAAAACAAACCAGAAGUUUUGAGAUACAGAACAGGGAAGGAGAGAGAAGAAAAGGGAGAGCUGUCCUCAAACCAUAGUUUCUCUCAGACUGUAUGUGGGUUUUAUACAGUCAUGGCAUCAGCAGCUCCACCAAAAAGGAUGGUGUCUUCUUUCUUCAUCACUCUGGCGUCUCCUCACCGAGCCACUGUCACACAGCAGCAGCCUGCUCUCCAAGCCCACAGUACCCCGGCUAGAGACAAGCAGCAUGCUGCUGCACGAAUCAGCCCAAGUGACAACACCCCUGCCCUAAGACAUAAGAAAGAGGACCACUCACAGCCUGAGUCUUACGGCAGUGUAGACAGCAAAGGCUGGGCUCAUGGGGGGGCCUCAGCCCCAGCUUCAGACCCUCAGAGCCCAAAACCUGCCCAACCUGGAACCAGCAGAGGACAGCUGCAAGAACAAGACAGAUGUGCUGCAGAGCUCUUCCCUCCACCUCCUCCUCCUCCUCCUCCUCCUGCUGCUGCUGCUGGACUGCCUUCAUCUCUGGGAACAUCGCUCUCUGAAGAAUCAGCACUUCCACCACCUCCUCCUGCCCAGACACUUCCCUCUUGCCCUCUGACCCCAGGCCAGCAGCCAGUUUACAACAGAGAGGUGGAAACAAGCACACCAUCUAGUGGAUUCAAACAAGAUGAACAAUCCCACGGGAUCCAUAAAAAUGGCCAAGACACGAGCAGGGAGAGUAAAGAGGUGUGUGGCUUCUGUCGGAAACCCGUGGCUCUUUCUGAACCUGCAAUAGAGGCCUUAAACAGGACGUACCAUGACGGUUGCUUCCAGUGUAGAUCUUGUCACAUUCCCCUGGCUGGUAAACAGUAUUACAACAAGGCAGGGAUCCCGCUCUGUGAAGACUGCUACCAGGCCAGUCUGGAACUCUGCUGGGCCUGUGGGGAGGCUAUCACAGAUCAUGUGAUCCGCGCACUGGAGCGCGCAUACCAUCUUUCCUGUUUUACCUGCGCAACAUGUAAACAGCAAAUUGGAGAGCAAGCUUUUGCUCAGGGAGAAGUUGGAGAGGUUUAUUGCCUCCAGGACUAUUACAGGAAGUACGCUCCCAAGUGUAACGCCUGCAAAAAACUAAUCAUUCCAAAGGAAGAUGGUACCGACAGCUACAACGUUGAAUGCCUCGGACGCUCUUACCACGAGAACUGCUACAGAUGUGAGGUCUGCGUCAUCCAGCUCUCUCCUGAACCAAAUGAGCACGGCUGCUACCCUUUGGACGGGAAGAUGCUUUGCAAAUCUUGCCACCUGAGUCUGGUUUCUGGUCAGCACUAACACUGGCGUUACCGCCCCGGGAUCAACUGCAACUGAGGGAAAAGUGACACGACUCCAGCUUCAGAGAAGUGGGAGACUUUGCAUGUGCAUUUAAGACUCUGGAACACUAAUGUCACACAUCUUUAUUUUUCUUCCAAUAGAACAAUAAUGAAAUAUUUUUUACAGUAUAUCAUGCUUUCUGAAGAUCCUCCUAUUCUUCUUUUAUACUUGAUAAUUUUGCACUCAAUAAACUCUACAAAAAUGCACCAAAUAUAUUUAUGCCACAGACUUUGCAGAAAAAAUAACAAUGUACGGCGAACAUUAUUUGAGUUUUUAUCUCAACCAGUAUUCUGUUUCUCAAUCACAUUAAUCCUUUAUAUAAAAAAAUAAAACUCUAUAUAAAAAAACAUUUAUAUAAAAGUGAAGUAAUAUAUUUUAUCUCGAGGCAGGCUCCAACAUACAUAAGAUGUGUUACAUUACAAAUACAAUCAAUAAGUAGUCAAACAUGAGAAAAAAGACAAUUUAAUUCAGAAUUGUAUUAAACGGCCUGAAUAUAAAAAUUUUAAAACACAUUUGUGUCGGUCCAAGAACAGUUUUUGAUCAUACUGGCAGGACAAUAAGUAAACACCAGAACUGAAUACAUUAGAGCCUUUAUAAAAUAAUGUGUAACCGAGCACUAUAACACAUCUUAAAUCAUUAUGGACCAAAACUUGAAGGUGCUUUAGAUGUAAAUGUGAGUCAAUCCAAACUUUUUCCCACAUAAAGAUCCUCACAGGGUCUGUUCACAUUGAUUUGACAUUACAAUAUUAAAGUCUCAUUCAGAUCCCAGGUGAAUUAUGUUGUUAUUUAUGUUCUCUAUCUCUAAAUGACAUGUUUAUAUUUCUGUGUAUCAGAAACAUUUAUUAAAACAUUUUUCUGGAAAAAGUAAA